AUGAGAUCAUCCGAGAGGUUUCUCUGCUGUUCAGAUCUUGAAUGCCACCAACAAUGCCUGCAAUGUACUCGUGUUUCUGGAUUAUCUGCUUAUGGAAGUUGGUGUUUAGGUAUGCUUGAUAACAAUUGCAUGAUUCUUGUCAAGAAAUUUAUGUACAGAAAGCAUGACUACUCAAGAAAAUUAUGUCGUGACAUAGCCAUAUCAUCAAUGGUGAGUGGUCACAAGAAUUUCAUGAUGGGAUGUUGUCUAGAGAAUAAAAUUCCAUUCAUGGUGUAUUAUGGUGAGGAGAAACAAUAUUCUACUGUAGAUCUUGAAACGGUAGUGUCGUGGAAAAGGAGAAUGAAGAUAGCAGAGGAUAUUGCAAUUGCUUUAGCUUAUCUUCACACUGCGUUCCCAAGGCCCUUCGUAUAUGCGAAUAUGAAUCUUCGGAAUAUCUUGUUGGAUGAAAAUGGGGUCGCGAAGUUGAAAAGAUGCAUGGGAGAUAGAGGCGAAGUACCAAGAAUGAUGGAAGUGGCCAAAGAACUAAAGAGGUUUCUUAGAAAUGCUUCUUCUUCCAAUGAAACCUAA